AUGCGUGGCGCUGGACGACGCGGAGGUGGCGGCGGAGGUGGUCGAGCUGGAGGACAUGCACGGCGGAAGACGGGUGCAGACUCGUCGUCGGAUCCGAAGACGUCGCUGGUGGAUGAAUGGCGCGCGCACGAGGAGGACUGCGCUGCUCGAGUGCUGCAGAACCAACUGCGCGCGUAUCUGAGUCGACAACGCAUCGCUCGACUGCUCAUGAGCGUCUACGAGAAGCACUACGACCCCAUCCGCAAGCAGCACUUCUACGUGAACACGCUGACCAACGUGAGCACUUGGGAGAAGCCGCUGCUGCUGGUUCGCUUCCUGCCGGGAGACCACAACAUCUCCCGAGGUAGAGUGGAGUUGGCUCCGAAAGAGGCUUCGCAACGCAUCCAACGCGUAGUGCGAGCGUUCCUUGCUAAGAAGACCAUCCGUCAACUAGUGCGCGAGAACUACAUGAAGCUGUUCGACCAGGAGAGUAGGGUAUUCUACUACCUCAACACGCGCACGGGCGAGCGAUCCGAACAAAAGCCGCCAUUCUUCCGCCAACGCCCCAACACUGCGGGUGCGAUCUCCAAGCGCGCUACAUCAAGCAAGAACGACGACGACGACCUGGAGAUUGAACCAUUCUACUUCCGCAAGGCGGUGUGCAAGAUUUCGUCGGAGGGGAACCCCUACGGCUCCGGGGUGAUCGGUCGGUUCUGUGGCAUCUUGUGCGUUCUCGCCGACGGUAAGACGCUGGCGGAUGAGAACUGUGCUCGAUCGGCUCGAGUCAUUUGCAACUACGCCGACGAGCGCGUGGCGUUCCCCGUGAUGUUGUCCGCCGACACUUUCUUCGCGGGUAUCAAGAUGCCAGAAGACUCUGCUUCGCGACUUCAGGCCCUCGAUGGAGUCACGCAGCCACACCCGCAGUCGCCAAAGAAGAAGAAUCGUAAGCCGCAGUUCGACUUCGCGCUGUGCGCCUUAAACGAAGACCAGUUCUUGAUAGCCGCUGGCUCAAACAUCCAGCCGCUUCGCUUCGAGGUGAACGACCGGAAGUUGGGCUGCGGUGAAGCGGAGAGUCUGCGACUGGGUGAUCAUCUCGAAGUGGUGGGCCAUCCUCACGGGAAGCUGCAGGUGCUGCAUCAACGGCAACUGGCGAAGCUCGUUCCAAACUCGAUCAAUCCGCAGCAUCUGCAGUAUGACUCGGUCAUGGAGUCAGGAUCGGCUGGGUGUGCCGUAUUCACCCGCGGGGGAAAGUUGAUAGGCAUUCACGAGUUUGCUGGCCCCAAGGAACCACCGCCUCUGUUGUGUUGGUACAUCAAGCCCAUACUGCACACGGCGCUCACACUAGUAACACCCCCUGAGCCGUUGAUCUUAACGUCGUGCGUGGCUUCGACUGGAGUGCAAGUGUACUGGCAGCUCCCAAGAGACUGGCAGGCCCUGCGUGGUCUCCCAGUCGACUUUGAGCUUGAAAUCUGUCGCCACGGCACCCUCGACACGCUCCAUCACGACCCAUUCGAACGGAUUUACAGCGGACCAAAGAGCAGCCACCACAUCGAUGAUCUCCAUGGUGGCACGAUGCACUCGUUACGAUGUCGGGCGGUGAACCGCAUGAAGAAAAGUCGAUGGAGCUCCGUGGUGCGGUUCAUCACGCUGCAACAAGUCUCGUUGGCUUGGCGGCUACGGCACUGCACGACCGUGAAGGAGGCCAUCAAACGGAUGAAGCACCAGCGAGCAGACCCGCAGACGCAGUUCCGCAGUGUGCAAUGGAUCUACGCGCAGCUCGAGAAGCGCGAGGAGGCAGAUCGAGUCGAAUGGGAACACCAAACGGACGGGAUGCGCGGUGAUCGCGGCAAGCCCGGGGUUUCCAAUCAAGUUGAAUUCGAGCAGGAACUGCUGGACUGCCAAGGGCUGGAGGCGCUUCUCGACUCCAUCGCGUGGUUCCCUGGUGAGAAGGACACGAUCGCUCUGAUCGUGCGACUGUUUCUCAAGCUCGCGUGCUUGCAGAAGAGUACGCAGCGAUUCAUGACGGAAACUUCACGCUUUCAAGUGCUGUGCGAUCUGCUCCGCUCCCAUACAACGAGCAGUGAUGCACCACAAGAUCUGUUGGGUACCGUUUUGAGCGAGAAUGGCGCUGCCAAACUUGUGUUCGAGUCGUGUUCGGGUGUUGGCCUGGUGCUAUCCUUCUUGGAGCGUGGCGCGUACCGUAACGAGGCUGCUGUCGUUGGGGAGUGCUGCUACAUCCUCGCAGUCUUUUCGUACGAGAACGGUGACGUCAAGUGGGAGAUCGCUGAAGCCAACGGGCUCGCGCUACUUCAGCGCGUGCUGCUCGACCACCGUCAGGCAUCUCGCGUGCUGUACUGGGCAUUGAUCACGAUCGGCAACGUGGCCUACGGCCUCGAUGAGUCCACUACCAGGCCACAACUGGAAGCCGAGAUAACGACGUUGGGGCUCGUUGACAGCGUCUGCGCAGCCCGCGUGCACUUCUUGUCGCGGUUGCACGAACUCGAGCUCUCACUUGUUGCGGCUCAAGCGCGUCUGGACCGCUUGUAUGCCAUCCACGUCGGAGAAGAGACUCGGAACGAGCUGGACGCCUGCACGCAACUGGUGGAGACGCUGAAAAACGUCAUCGCGGAUUGGCAGAGCUACGACGUCGCGAAGGCUGCCGACUACGCCUUGCGGUAUCUGCUCACCGAGGAGCAACGUCGCGUGCAACUCGCGUCCAAGCGGUUGAUGUGGAAGUUCCUGCUGCGCACCUUGUCGAUGGCGAUCGAGAAAUGGUGCGAGGUGACAGUCUACGAGCGACAUCGAGCCAUGUUCGUGACCUUCAUCAACACCGUCCGCACUCGACAGCUCCGCCCGGCAUUCCGGCGCUGGGAACAGACCACGCGAGAGAUGCGCAAGCACAAGUCCAUUUUGCAGACGAUCGGGUCCGGGUUGGCCAUCGAUCUGACCAAGAAGAAGAGAGAGCGAUACCGCAUGCUCGUGCUGCAGAAGUAA